UCUCAUUGUUCACAUAAUACUUAACAAGCAGGGGGAAUUGCGAAAGACAGGCAUCACCUGACCGCGUGUUCGAAACGUGAUGCUAAUAGUUCGAUAUCUUCAUACUGUGUUUCGUCAUAGCCAAUUUCAACCUAUUUCUUACACUACACAUAUUGAAAGCUGAUACCAAUCUAACACUUCAUCAUCUUUCUUUCUCUUAAUUAAAGUGUCAGCUAAUAUUAGUUCUAUAAAAUGUGUGGGCGCUAUUCGCUAGCAUUGAGACCAGCACAGAUUCGCGAUCUAUUUCAACAUGAUGGCAUGCCUGUGGAUGAUGCGCCGGAUGAUGAAGGUGAUGCUGCACCAAGGCAAAGUUACAAUUUUGCCCCCGGCUAUCAUGGCGUCGUUUACCGCGCCGAUGUACCAGAUUGGGGUGCCGGUCCUCGAAGACAGCAUGCCAAUUCCUCUGGCGAAGCUGUAAAAGAGCAGCACGCCGAAGAUGGGGAUAGUGAUAUUGCAUCAAACCCCAAGGCUAUAAGCUAUAAGCUGCAAAGCAUGAAAUGGGGGUUGAUCCCUUUCUGGACCAAGCGCAAUCCGGAUUAUGGUUCCACGAUGAAGACAAUCAACUGCCGAGAUGAUUCUCUCGCCCAGAGCGGUGGUAUGUGGAGCACGAUGAAAGCUCGAAAGCGAUGUAUCGUUGUUGCGGAAGGCUUCUACGAAUGGCUGAAGAAGGAUGGGAGUAAAGAGAAGAUCCCGCAUUUUGUUAAGCGGAAGGACGGUAAGCUUAUGUGUUUCGCUGGAUUAUGGGAUGUGGUGCAAUACGAAAAUAGCGAGCAGAAGCUUUACACCUAUACAAUCAUCACUACAGAUUCAAACAAGCAACUCAACUUCCUUCAUGAUCGCAUGCCUGUUAUUCUAGAUAAUGGGUCUGAAGAUAUCCGAACCUGGUUAGACCCUAAGCGAUCCGAGUGGUCGAAAGAGCUGCAGGCUCUGUUGAAACCUUUUGAGGGGGAGUUAGAAGUCUAUCCCGUUAGCAAGGACGUGGGUAAAGUUGGUAACAACUCGCCUAACUUUGUCAUCCCUAUUGACAGCAAGGAGAAUAAGUCUAAUAUCGCGAAUUUCUUCGCCAAGGGUGCCGCAAAGAAGAAUGCAACAGAACAGCAGCCGCAGGUUAAAGUCAAGAAAGAAGAGGGGUUCGUCACUGAAGACUUAACUAAAAUAAAAGAAGAAAACCGGCCUGCAACCGGCUUCAAAAGGGAAGCUGAAGAUGAGUCGGUUGGCAGUGAGCCUCCGAAGAAAGUGGCUAUGACCAUGUCGUCCCUGGCGCCGAAUAAGACACCGUCGCCGCAAAAGGGGGCGAAACAAAAGAUUAGCGCAACCAGUAAUAGAACCAAGAGCCCGAAUAAGGCGAAACAACCUGGUACGCAAAAGAUAACGAAAUUCUUCGCGAAUAGUUCUUGAUGAAGCAGCUUAAGGUAUAUUCGAGACUGGCUAGUGGUGGUCUAUGUAUUAGCGUCACACACUGGCUUUACUCUCCGAUAUCAUGGCGCGUAUGUCACCAUGAACUUGGAUUGAGAUAUACGUCUCAAUGUAUCAAAUAUGCCCUACCUUGGCGAUCCGCCAGCCGCCAGCGCCCUGGUACGAAUUUACACGGGUA